CAAACAGCGGCAGUAGACUGAGAGAGUAAAUAGAGAAAAGCUCUAAGAUGGCGGAGCCAAUGAGCCUCAUUCAGUUUGGCUCAGCGACGAAGAAUCCGCUCUCCAAGGCCAAGGAGACGAAGCCGUCGUCCGAAAACCGACCGCAGUCUUCCCGGGACCACCAGCCUCCACCUCCUAAAAAAGUUCGGAGCGAAGAGAAGAGCCUGAAACCCAAGAAAGUGAAUGGCGAAGGCGGAGACGAGAAGCAGCAGCAGCAGCAGCAGAGUUAUGGCAGCCCCACAACAUGGAGCGUGUCUCCCGUCAAGCCGAGCAGUCCAGCGCAACAGCAGCAGCCUCGUCUACACAAAGUGCACAGUGUGUUCAAGCAGAGCGCCUUCAUCGCCUCACCUAAACCCAGAAAGCUAAAGGAGAAGCGGGAGCACGACAAGGAGAAAAGGAAGCACAAGCUGGAGAACAGCAGCAGCCUCGGUAAUGUUAGUGCCGCGAUGAAGAAGGAGAACGGAGAGCUGAAGUUGGUGCAGAAAGAGCACAUCAAGGAAAAACUGAAGGAGCGCGAGAGAGAGAAAGAACGGGUACGGGAGAGGGAAAAGAAAAAGGAAAGGGAGAAAGACAAGGAACAGGCAAAAGAGAAGGAGAAGAAAAAACACAAAUUGAUGAAUGAAAUCAAGCGAGAGAACGGGGAAGUGAAACCACCACAGAAAGGGACGUCUCCAACAGCUGGUGCACAUCUGUGUCCUGUAGGGGUUUACCAUCCGUUUUCAAUUCAGCAUCAAUAAACAUUGCCUGAAAAUGCAUUUAAAAAUGUUCACUAGAUUAAAAUUU